UACGCUGGAAAGAUUGUACUCCAUAGAGGAAAGAAAAAAAUAGUUUUUCCUUCCUCCAUGUUGUACUCCCCGAUUUUGUGCAUUCCGGUGAGCUCCUAACGCAAGUCAACGUUUCUAGAACUACCUAGUUCUAAAAACGUUAGGCUUAAUUUCUAAUCGCUCGUAAUUGCCUACCGCCUCAUGGCGGUGGUCGCUUACUUUCAUUGCGGUGGUAUUACCUUAACCUUCGAGAUGGGAAGCAUGCGCACGUUUCCAAUCUCGAAGGCCAUAAUUCUGCCUACGUCUCGUCUUUGAUAAUCAACUUUUCGUGCACGUGGUGCUCACUCGGCCACAGAACACCUACCAGUGACUCGGCUGGCAAGACCUCGUUGAGAUCGUCUUCUUCGCUGCAGAAACGCGCCUGCUGAAAGCGCGUGUGGCUCGUGUUAAGUUGCUACUCGUGCAGCUGCAGUGAGCGGCAAGCUCGGUUCUGCCGGGGCGCACGGCGCGUUGACCAUGCUACGUGUGGUAGCCCACUGGUCAGCGCUGCGCCGAUGUGUCGUGUCGGCAGCGAGGUGCCUGGCCACGGGUCGCCCUCCUGGGGUGUUGAUUGGAGCACCUCUUCUACUCACAACUCGCACCUCUCCGUACUUGCAGCCCAUCAGGAGCAAGGCCAAGAAAGCGAAAAGCAAGGGCACACAGGAUGAAGAGGAGGAGGAGGAAGAAGAAGAAGCAGAAGAAGAAGAGAGCCAGCAGCCUGGAGACAAUGAGAAAAUUGCCUAUGUGAGCUCACUCCGAAUCGACAGCAUUAUGAAGGCGGGUGUCAACCUGUCAAAGACGAAAGUUGCUGAAAGCUUCUACAAUGGCAGCAUACGUCUUAAUGGCAGAAAGGUUACCAAAAAGAGCACCCAGGAAUCCGCAUGGCACUAGUUCUUCAUCGUUUUGCUGGUACACAAGAUAUAACAACAGGGUUUCUGUUGGUGAUGAGGUGGACCACAUCCUAGAGCUCAGUGCGCAAAAUCCAAACUUCAUGGAAGUUGAUCGUGUCACACUCCUGGCCACACAUCAUGACCGUGUUACAGAUAAAGGACGAUUCCAAGUGCGGUUACACUGUCAGCGAAGACUUGUUAUAGAGAAGUAUGCGGAUGAAGACUGAACAACUUUCUCGUUGGAGACUUGUCUGUCAUUGGCGUGGAGGUGUGUCCAGCGAGGCAGCAGUGUGGUGGCGAACUGUGCGUCUGAUGAGCACAAUCUGAUUGAAGAAGCAGUCUGAACAGAUCUUCAACAUUUAGUAUAGUUUAGUUACGAAUAAAGAUUCCGAAAUAGCUGC